UCAAAUUAUUACAAUAGUUUAUUAUAGUGUUGUUAUUAGUAUAAUUAUUAGUAUUAGUAUUUUCCUCUCAUUAUCUGAAUUAAUACAAAAGAAGAUACAUGGCACAUGUUGCAUACUCUGGUACAGGAGGUGGCGGUAUGCACCUUUGAAGUCAUGGUUGCAACCCGCCAUUAAGCCAAAAGAAGAAGAAGAAGAAGAAGAAGAAACAGGACGGCGAAGAAGAAAAGGAGGAGGAGGAAGAAGAAGAAGAAGAGGGUUUUUAUUUGCAUGUGUCUGACGAGCUAGACGAGGUUGGAAGGACGUGUCAGUAAAUGCAGGCAAUAGUUGCAACAUGGCUUACCAGACAUUUCAACAAGAAUAUCUACAGAUUCCACUUGUGACGAGAGCUUAUACGACCGCAUGUGUCCUCACUACUGCUGCCGUGCAACUAGAGAUCAUCACACCUUUUCAACUUUACUUCAAUCCAGAUUUGAUCCUAAGGAAUUACCAGGUAUGGCGGCUAAUAACAAACUUCCUAUUUUUUGGUCCGGUGGGCUUCAAUUUCCUCUUCAAUAUGAUUUUUUUAUACAGAUACUGUCGUAUGUUGGAGGAGGGCUCUUUCAGAGGGCGUACAGGUGACUUUGUCUUCAUGUUUAUCUUUGGUGGAUUCCUGAUGACUAUAUUUGGAGUAUUUGUGAGUCUGGUGUUCCUGGGUCAGGCGUUCACCAUCAUGUUGGUGUACGUGUGGAGCCGACGAAAUCCAAAUGUUCGUAUGAAUUUCUUCGGCCUUUUGAAUUUCCAGGCACCCUUCCUGCCCUGGGUGCUGAUGGGAUUUUCACUUCUGCUGGGCAAUUCCAUCAUCGUUGAUCUUUUAGGUAUCGCCGUCGGUCACGUGUACUUCUUCUUGGAAGACGUCUUCCCCAACCAGCCAGGUGGUGGGAGGUGGCUCAAGACUCCAUCCAUUUUAAAAAUGCUGUUCGACACACCUGACCACGAUGCCAACUACAACCCGUUGCCAGAGGAUCGUCCAGGAGGGUUUGCUUGGGGGGACGGACAGCAACUUGGAGGCUAAAUCCGCUCUUGGAAUAAUGCGCUGAGCUCUUCCAAAGAUGUUCCACCAGAGUGAUGAGGCGCAGUGACAUGAUUUUUAUUCCUGAGUGGACGAGUCAAAACAAGUAGAACUCACCUGGAGAAAAUCUUUAUAUUAUAUUUUGGUUUGGUUUUGUUGUGGUGGACUGAAAUUACUGACAAACUAUCUGCAGCCAUUCUUUCCGAGCCUCAAAAGUUUACUUUUGCUCUGAUGAACUUUCUGGAGAAUCAUAUGACCUUCUUUUGAAAUGUGUCAACAAUUAUUCAUACUUUGACCGUAAAAUGGAUUAAAAAGCUUCACAGUUUUCUAAGUCUCUGAACUGUCAGUAAAUUCACAGCUUUUGGUUGAAUGUUGGAUAUGCUCACCUGUGUUGUGUUGCAUGCUUUGAUUGGACCACACUGAACAAGACUGUAUGUACCGAACCUGUUUACGCCUUUUCUACAUACUAAAGACAUCCAAACUCUGGAAUGAUGUCAAUUUUAAGACGCAUUUACAGUAGAACCUCGGUUAGUGUCAUUAAUUCCUUUCCGAAGGUCUGACUCUAACUGAAACUAACGCUAACCGAAUCAGUUUCUCCCGUAAGAAAUAAUGUAAACCCAAAUACCGGUACCGCAAUGUGUUUCGGAAAGCCAAAAAGCCAAAUACUCUGUGUAAUUUGCUCCACCACCGGCUGUCCUCCAGGUAUGCCUCCCACCAAGCCCACUCCGCUAGGAUUAACACUCCCUCCGCUCGCUGCAUGCACACUCUACAGUUUAAUGCUACACAGACAACCGCUUUUGUCCGAUUACGUGCACAAAAUAAACACAGGACACAGAUAAAUUGUUACUUACAGGUUGCUCUUCUGUCUCUUCAACGCAACCCAGUAACAUUGGAAAGGUGUCGGACUUCAGCAGUUUGGCGGAUAGGCCAGCUUCCUAUUGGCCCAUGUUCACAAAACAGUCAGUGAAAAAGCAUGGGAUCAGCAUAUGUCAAUAAAUGCCUUUCAACGGCCGUCACAAAAGCCAAGCACCUCUGGGUCGUACUAUUGCAGCCUGUAGUGUUUAUCUCCCGCCCACGUUCCUUCACCUCCACUCGACGGGGUAGCACGUUAAAAAGCUUUAUUUAAUACGCCAUUUGAGUAUGGUGAGUUUUCGAGGCUCACGCUGUGAUCAGUCAAACGGCAGCCAAUGUAGCCAAAACAUGGACAUUCAUCCGUAUGUGCGUGACAGACGUCAAAUAACCCGAAAAAUCAUUGAAUUCAUCGGACUAGAUGACCAGCCUCUCAGCAGUGGAAGACACCGUGUCCUCUGACUGCAUGAUACCUGGAAGUCCUGCUAGAAUGCCCCUCAAAACUGUGUACUCUCACAUCCGAAGUCUGCUUAAAGAAGGUGUCUCAUCCUCUUAAGUUUCACCAGUGAUAUAUGUUCUCUUGAAAAACUAAGUCAAAUACGUUUUUGUCUAAAUGAAGGUGAUUUUAUGGUUCCCCUUUUUCGUAUCAUAGUCAAUAGCAGGCGUGCAACCCCCCCCCCCCCUCCCCCCCCCCUUGUUAUACUGCCCCCUGGCAGUCAAGACCUUGAAAUUGUCCUAACUUUUCCCUUUUAAAUGGCACAACUGGCCAAUAGCUCUCAUCAUAAAUAAAUGUAAAAUUGACACUUAAUCUUUGUGAUCAGUAUCGUAUGACGGAAGAUUAGGGCCGCAUUGAAAAAAAACUAAAUACGAGAAAAAAGUUGUCAAUUUAUGAGAAUAAAGUCGGGAAAAAAAAAUCUCGUAAAUUUACGACUGGAUUC